AUGACAUGCUUGGGAAAUCAUGUCCCGCUUUCAGUCUGGCAAUGGUACACGGCAUCCGAUACCAGCGGCACUAAUGUCAAAACCUCAAUCCGUUAUGGCCACAUACCACACAUUUUUGAGCCUGUACGGACAUCCGAGUUUUAUGGAUACUGGAUUUGUCGGGGACUGUCUGCUGAACCUGUCGAACCUCGCGACGCCGAUCUUGUACUCCUGCACGCUCAUGGCGGUGGCUAUGUCUCAGGUCAUCCAAGCGUCGGUGCGCCCGAACAUGUGUUCCUCGCCGAGGUUCUCCAACGGCACAACGUGAUUACCGCUAUAUUCUCGUUGGACUAUACUCUGGCACCCAAUGCCACGUUCCCAAAACAGCGCGAUGAAGCUAUAGCGGCGUACGACUGGCUCCGUCGUGACUUGUCUGUCGACUCGUCCAAGAUCGUGGUGAUUGGUGACUCGGCAGGCGGGCAUGUCAUCAUGUCUCUUCUUGUGGGCAUGAACGAGCGACGCGGCCCAAAACCAGACACUGACGCCGAUAGAGAUGACCUCCGUCCGGCGGCUGCUGUGCUGGUAAGUCCAUGGAUGAAUCUGCACACAUCACACCCACGCGCCUUGGACCUCCACUGGGAGGAACGACUGUUCAAGAGAUCUCUUGAUGCAUACUGCCAGUGGAUUCUGCGCGACGCCACGCCCGAUCUUGAUCUCGUCUACGGAAACUUCGCACUGGGCCGUGAAGCACGCGGGUCAUGGGCGGAUAUUCUGCCGAAUCGCACUGUGAUCACUGCCGGCGCUGAAGAGUAUGUCUUUCUCUAUGAUAUUGAAGAUAUGGUGCUGCAGGCGAAGAAAGAUGGAGCGGAAAUCGAGCUUGAUGUAGCUGAGGGUAUGAAUCAUACGUGGCAGUGUGCAGAGGCGUUCGGACAGCAGGCUCGAUUGCUAGCGUUGCCAUUCGACGAGGAGCUGCCCGCGGAUCUCAUGGGAGGAUAUCGAGCGAUAGUCAUGGCAAUAUUGAAGAUUACGAGCCAUGCAUAG